GGGGGGCUCGAGCAGAGAUUGAAUUUCAACAGGACAGCAUUCCCAAAAAUGUCAAGACAGACAACGUUAGGCAGCAAGGGACAGGAUAAGAUCGUGGAUGUUCCCUGAGCAAACAACUGGAAGCACAGUUUGAGUGUAACCUGGUGGAGAGUUUAGCUGCCAGUGGACCGAAAGUAGACGGCCAAACAAGGACUUUGUGUAUAUGACAGACGGACAUGAUGACAGAGAGAAAGACAUACCACCUGAUGAGCCACAGGAGGCGAACAAUGUGAUUUUUCAUCCUGCCAUUAGUCUCUGUCAGCAGCUGUUUUACAAUUAACAGGGUUUGCUUUUAAAUCCAGUUGUUCUCAGGAGAGAGGUUAGUAGCGUUCCCUGGCCUGGGACACACACAGGAAUGGACAGCAUUGACCCACAGGACGACGAAAGAGGAAGCAGCGGGAAAGAGAGCGAUGGAGAGAACGACAAACAGCUGAAGAACCAGCUCAACUGCGAGGAAAAAGGAGAGCAGGAGAUCAAAGGGAACGAGAAGGAGAAGAAGACAGAGAGCAGGCGUUCUGUGUCUCUGUGGAGGAACGGAUGGGCGCUGAGUGAAAGACUGGCUAUCAAUGUCUCAGGGAUGCGUUAUGAAACUCAGCUUCGCACCUUAGCCCAAUUCCCUGAUUCCCUGCUUGGUGACGCCGGUCGCAGGUCAAGGUACUUUGACCCGCUUCGAAAUGAGCUCUUCCUGGACCGAAACCGCGCCUGCUUUGAUGCCAUUCUGUACUUUUACCAGUCAGGUGGGAGGCUUCGGAGGCCCACAAACAUACCCCUGGACAUCUUCAUGGAUGAGCUCAUGUUCUACGAGCUGGGAGAGGACGUCAUGAACCGCUUCAAGGAGGACGAAGGUUUUCCAAAAGAGGAGGAGACCCCGUUGCCGUCUAACGAAAUCCAGAAAAGACUGUGGAUGCUGUUUGAGCACCCCGAGUCCUCAUCGGGCGCACGUAUCAUAGCCAUCAUCAGUGUCAUGGUCAUUGUGGUGUCCAUCCUCAUCUUCUGCCUGGAGACACUGCCCGACUUCAGGAAUGAGAAGGAGUCCCGGGAGGAAUAUUUUUACAAGUACCACUCCCUGCCAAAGAACGUCUCUGAGAACAUGCCUCUUCCACAAAGUGCCUUCCACGACCCCUUCUUCCUGGUGGAGACCAUAUGUAUAUGCUGGUUCUCCUUCGAGCUCGUCAUGCGCUUCACUUGCUCUCCCAGUAAGACGCACUUCUUCAAGGAUGUCAUGAACAUCAUCGACUUCAGUGCCAUCCUGCCCUAUUUUGUCACUCUGGGAACGGAGCUGGCGAAGGACAACGACGCCUCUCCAGCCACAUCCUUGGCCAUCAUCAGAGUCAUCCGAUUAGUGAGGGUGUUCAGGAUCUUCAAGUUGUCCCGUCACUCUAAGGGCCUCCAGAUCCUCGGUCAGACACUGAAGGCCAGCAUGCGCGAGCUGGGCCUGCUUAUUUUCUUCCUGUUUAUCGGCGUCAUCCUUUUCUCCAGCGCCAUCUACUUUGCUGAGUCCGACCACACCAACACGGACUUUAUUAGUAUACCACAUGCCUUCUGGUGGGCAGUUGUCACUAUGACCACAGUGGGCUACGGUGACAUGUACCCAGAGACAGUGUGGGGUAAGCUGGUCGGCUCGAUGUGCGCCAUUGCCGGUGUUCUCACCAUCUCGCUGCCAGUGCCCGUCAUAGUUUCCAACUUUAGCUACUUCUACCAUCGAGAGACCGAAUGUGUGGAUCAUACCGAGUACACCCACGUCCAGACGGCUCCGCGGGAGGACGAGGGGCCAGCGGGGGAGGAAAUAGAGGAAGGCAAUGGAGAUCCAGAGGGAGAAUAUUAUGCCAUUGAAGGAACGUGCAACCCUCUGAAUGGGACUCUGCUGGGUGGACUGUGCACGGAGCAGAGCACAGAGUUCAGUGGAGGAAACACGUAUCUGAGGGAACCAUGGGUUACUCAAGUUUAGCGAGGGUGAGUGGUAGUUCGUACCAUCGGACAAGGACACAGUAGGAAAAAAUGACGAAGUGAAUGGAAAAGCAGAAUGAAACACAAUGAAUGAAAAUAGAAAAAACAGAAACAGGAAAGUAAAACCAUUACAGGUAUUUAAUACAGCAUUAACCAGCCAAAUGUUGUAUAAUAUAGCUUUAAGAAAGCAAGACAGUGAGUUUUACAUUCUCAGGGUACAUACAAAUAUAAUAUGAGUUGUUAUUUAUUAAUGCUAUCAGCUUGUGCUUUACAAUGACUUUUUUGAAUGUCUAUUAUGUGCCUUGAAACUAUGAUGUCUUAGUACUGUCACUUUUUGGCUUAACGUUUGAAGUGGAAGCAGGUAGAUUAUUGACUCAUGUCUCAUUACAAUUAAACCAAACGCCAGCAGAACUGUCGCUGCGGACAGAUUGAGUUCUCUCAUAAACCAACCCCACAUUCUCAACAUUCUUCUGUAAGUAAUGAACUAAGUUCACAUUUGAGUAUUUCUGGCUUAAGUGACCCGAAGAGACCGACAUGACCUUCAUCAUGCUGCGAUACGACACUGUUGCAUUACUUAUAAUGACACAGUGGAACCCAUUUGUGUUAAAGAGGAACGUUUUGAUUGCUAUAACAACAUUUCUGUAUUGCUUAAUUAUGCACUCGGUGUUUUUAAUAAAGAUUAUAUUUUAUUAAUUUUCUUAAA